GAUUUGGAAGACCAGCUGGGGAGCUCCGCUGAGGAAUUGCAAGGUGUGUGCGCAAGAAGCUUGGACGAUGUUGCCGUCUUCAAAGCACUUCAAAGCGCGACAAGUCUUCACCUUCAUCACGGGCAUGGUGGAGUGUCUGUUCUUCGCAGGAAUUAUAUUCGGCUGGGCCUCACUUGUGUUCCUCCUGAAGUCGCGAGGGUUCUUUGGUUCCUUUUGUGUCAACACCACAAACAGUGAUGGAGCACGGGUCCAAGAUUGCAGGGGCCAGGAUGAACAGUUCUCUCUGGUCUUCACCAUUGCAUCCUUCAUGAAUAAUUUCCUGACAUUUCUAAAUGGUGUCAUCUUUGAUCGUUUUGGCACUUUGGUGGCUCGGCUCUUUGGAUUAGCUCUUCACACCUCGGGUAUCUUGAUGUUGACCUUUGCAACUCCAGCUCUGUCCAUGAUGCUUUACCCAGCACUCUCGUUCAUAGCUGUUGGUGGCAUGAUGCUGCUCCUGAGCAACAUGCAGGUGGCAAAUCUGUUUGGCGCUCAUCGUUCGACCAUCAUCACCAUCUACAACGGGGCCUUCGACUCUUCCUCGGGCGUCUUCGUCCUCGUUAAAUUGGCAUACGAGUCAGGCAUCCCUCUCAAGGCCAGUUUCCUGUUCUUGGCCGCCGGCAGCAUCUAUCACAUACUCAGGACGAUCUUCCUGUUUCCCAGAACCUCAAUCCCGUACCCGCCGCCUGACCACUACAAGUAUGGGAUAUCCUGCAGAAGAUUAAGGAAGUCCAAUAAAACUGUACAGAGUGACUUUCAGAUGCCAGUGGAGGAGAAGCCACAUGACGUGAAAGAGCCUGAAAGACCCGAGAAAACCUUCCGUGAAUGUGUUCUGUCCAAAUUCUUCUUCUUUGUCGUCCUCUGGUUGUCUGUGAUCCAACUGAGACAUUAUCUGUUCAUCGGCACCCUCAACCCCAUGCUGGAGCGUCUGGCUCAUGGCGAUACAUCAGUUGUGAGCCAGUACAUCAAUGCCUUUGCUUUCACUCAGAUGUGUGGGUUGCUGGUGGCUCCCCUCAACGGCUUCAUUCUCGACCGACACAAGCGAAAACCUCCGGUGGCAGGAAUGAGUGAACGAGAAGCUGACCUGAAUUCUGCAGUUCUCUCUUUCUUCCUGACGUCACUGGUGUCAUUGAUCUUCUCAAUUUGUGCUUCCAUUCCCGUGUUGCCACUCCAGUACUUCACUUUCAUCGCGUUAAUGGUCAAUUACAGCUUUGUCUAUGGCGGAAUGGCUGCUUUCGUCGCAAUGACUUUCCCACCAUGUCACUUUGGGAAGUUGUAUGGCUUCAUCUUCGGUCUCUCGGCAGUCUUCUCUUCACUGCAGUAUGCCUGCUUUGCUGUGGUGGAAGAAUUGCUGGACGGAGAUCCCUUAUAUAUGAACAUCGGGCUGACCAUCCUCAUCCUGUUCUCCUUUAGUCAUCCCCUGAACGUUUUUCUGCACUGUCGAGCACUUGCAUCCCAGAGGGCCAAAGCCAACAAGAUCACUGACAUGACCACAAAAUUGCAGCUGCUUAAAAGCCCCUGUGAUGGCCUUAACAUGGAAACUUAUUUUAUAGUUCUGGACUGAAAUAUUAUGUCUACAGUAAAGAAUUCACCCCCCCCCCUCCCCAAAGAGACUCCGUCACCCACUUUCAUGUUGAAAA